CAUGGAGUCCUUCUCUUCGUGCUGAAGGAGUACGUCGCCAUGAACGACGACCUCUGUCAGCGGUUCGAUCUCAAUGCACAUCUCAUUCGAUGCGAGCAGAUAUUCGUCGCAGCGCUGGAACAUUACGAGGUCCUUGUCGUACCAAGCUUCGAAAACAUUCUGGCUCUGACGAUGGGCAUGAUCAAAGCCCAAGGCGAAGCCAAGCCCUCUUUGUACUGGACGCUCGCAUGCGCCGCCGCAACCCAAUGCCAAUCCCUCGGGUACCACCGAGAAGCCAGCUAUCGCAACAUCCCGUCCGGUAAGGCGGACAGCAUCCGGCGGCUGUUCUGGACGGUGUACUGCUUCGACAAGAAUAUGUCCCUGUUGCUGGGCCGCGUCUCCAACCUGCACGGCCUCGCCAUCGACACGCGCCACCCGGCAAUGGCCACCGACCGGGCGCUGCGGCCGUGGGACGAGUCGUUCAUCAUGGGAAUUCGACUGGCCGAACUGCAGGACCGGGUGCUUACGGGCCUUUACUCACUUGGGACGGCGAGUAAAGGUCCGUCGGAACGGGCCCGACUUAUCCGUGACCUGGCAGCUGCGAUGGAAGAGUGGCGUGUCGAGUUUACGCAACAGAUCAACGCAGAGGCCGUCAACAACGCGCAAGUCUUCCACCUCUCCCGCGGCAACUGGGACAUAGCAUACUACUCGACCUUGACGCUCCUGCACCACGCCUCCUCCGCCACAGAGACGGGCCUCUACGUCGGCUCACCAUGCGUCCACGCCGCCCGCAAUAGCCUGCAAGCUCAUCUCCAAUGCUUUCCGCAGUAUCAGGACUCCCGUCUUCUCUCGGACGGGGAAUACAUCAAUUGGAUCCUCCUCUACUCCUCCUUCACCCCCUUCCUCGUCACCUUCCUCCACGCCAUCGCCGCCAAAGACCCGGAGAGCGUCGCCCUCCUUGUCCGCGUCGUCGGCACGCUGGAGAAUCUCCGGUCCCCACCAUCCCAGCAGACCUCGGGCGCGGAGUGUCUGUAUCAGAUCUGCGCGACUUUCGCGCAACUGGCGCAAAAGCUGGUGGAGUCAUCAGCCUUUCCGGGGGGAGUGGACGGCCCGUCGAAGGGUCCGUCCCAGUUGGCGGGUGGUGAUGUGGGUGUGGCCGAAGACGGCGCAGGCUUCGGGUUCCCGGCGGAGACGUUUUCGGACGUUUUCGGGGAUGUGGAUUUCGAUCCCGCGGGAGAGUUGUUGAAUGAGUGGAUGGGUGGGCAGCCGUUUUUGGGGAACUGGGUUGAUUUCUAG